AGCUUUCAUCUUCCUCUUCUCAAAACUUCACAAAGGAUGAGAUUGUCGGCAUCCUCCUCAUCAUCAUCAUGAGUUCUUCGCCAGAAGACACAAAAAGCGGUUCAGAUUCGGAGAAGAAUCGGCUCUCACUUGACCUGACCGAUGUGGAGAAACAACCCGUAACGGUUGAAGAGCCAGUGCCGCCUCCGUACUCGAUAUUCACAACAUGGCAGAAACGAAUGUUGGCUCUUGGAGCCGCUUCCACAGCAUUUUUCUCCCCUAUAUCAGCUCAGAUCUACUUGCCAGCAUUAACACAAUUAUCGGAUGAACUUCAUGUUUCGAGCACCAAAAUCAAUCUUACCAUUACGACUUACAUGAUCUUUCAGGGCAUUACUCCUAUGUUCAUCGGAUCUCUAGCGGACAGUGGUGGAAGACGGCCGGCAUAUAUUAUCUGCUUCGUAAUAUACAUUGGCGCCAACAUUGGUCUUGCUCUUGCUCCCAGCUACGGGGCUAUUCUUGGCCUUAGAUGUCUCCAGUCUGCUGGUUCAAGCACCACCGUGGCACUGUGCAUGGCUGUCGUAGCAGAUGUCAUCACGUCCGCCGAACGAGGCCAAUACGUCGGUUUCACUGUUGUGCCUGUAGUUCUUGCCCCAGCGCUCGGUCCCAUCAUUGGAGGCGCCCUCUCUCAGACCCUCGGAUGGAGAGCUAUCUUCUGGUUCCUAACUAUAUUCGCGGGAGUGACUCUUUUCCUUAUUGCCAUGUUUCUGCCCGAGACUUGCCGUCACAUCGUCGGAGAUGGUUCAAUUUAUCCACCACCACUUUACAGAUCAGGCUGGCAGAUCUUAACUUCACGUUGGAACAAGGAUCGCAGGGUCCCUGCGGCCAAAAAUGCGUUCAAGUUUAAGCCACCCAAUGUCCUGGGAUCUCUGCUCAUGCUGCUGGAGAAGGAGACUGGGCUCCUUCUUGGCACCAGUAGCCUCAUUUUUGCCGGGUUUUACUGCAUUGCCACUGCGAUGCCCACUCUAUUUGCAAACUCGUAUGGGUAUGAUGAAAUCAAGGUGGGAUUGAUGUACUUGCCACUGGCAUUUGGCUCAGUUCUUGCCGCCAUGGUUGUUGGUCCUGGAAUCAACUGGAACUAUAAACGACACUGCGAGAAGCUCGGCAUCCCUCUCGACCGCAGCCGCCAACAAGAUCUUUCCAACUUUCCCAUUGAGCGUGUGCGACUGGAGAUUGGGCUUCCGCUGCUUGGCCUCAGUGGUCUUUCUCUAAUCGGCUGGGGCUGGGCCAUGGACCGUGUAGUUCAUGUUUCGGUCCCUUGUAUCGUCAGCUGUCUGAUGGGCAUGGGCAUGAUUGGCUUCAACAACACGUCCAACACAUUGCUCGUCGACAUCCACCCUGGAAAAGCUGGUACCGCAACUGCUGCGAACAACUUCACUCGAUGCUUGAUUGGAGCCGGGGCUACUGCGGCAAUCGUUCCUCUGAUGAACGCUAUUGGUGUAGGCUGGUCCUUCACGAUGAUUGGUCUCAUCUACAUAAUCUGUGCCCUACCAUUGUUUCUUAUUAUGGCAAGAGGCAUCAAAUGGCGGGCUGAAAAGAAGGCAAAAGAGGAACGCAAACAGAAGAAGAAGGAGGAAACUGCUCCAUGAAGAUGAAAUGAGAUGGAAUGAUGAUAGACCAUUUAGACCACAAGUGCUGAGAUACCUAUGUCUCAUACUAUAAAAGCAUACCGCAAGAUUGAUACAGCAUACCACAUAGCGAUUAUAUUAGACAUUUAUUAAUACCUUUUGAAUAUACAUGUACGGAG